AUGUCCAUCACAUUUCCAUGUUGGUCCAGAGUCAGUAAUGCGGUUGAAGACCCUCAAACAAAAGUCUCUGUAGCUCAGGAUCAGGUGGUUCAGUUGACGGGCGAAGAUGGUGAUUGGUACACCGUAAAGACGCUAGAUGAACAAUUCGGCAGAGUUCCAAAGGUUCUGACCAACGUUAUCACCAAUCCUCUGCGGGUAUCUACGGAGAAAGUAUUUUGCUCAAUAGCACAGUAUGAUCCACAAAGAGAAGGAGAUCUAGCUUUUGGAAUUUUCACUAUACUCGUUUCUGAAUCGAUCAGUCCCGAAGGAUGGCAUACAGGUGUGGUUGUCACUGAUACAGGAAAACGUCUAGGAAGUAGUGGGACUUAUCCUGGAACUUUUGUUACAGAG